AUGUUUUAUACCUCAGCGUCAGAUACAGAAAAGUCUCUAUCUGCAUACCGGGAGGACAUGAACAAUAAAUUGGACCAAUUAGAAGAGGAGAAGCAGCAUAUACUAACACAAUAUAAAGCACAGAUGAAUGAUAAUGCACAGUUAGCAAAACUUUAUCAAGAAAAAGAAGAAAAACUGGAAGAGUUAGAGAAUUCCGUAGUGAGAUUGAAAGAGGAGGCUGGUGACAAGUCGAAAUUAUUGGAAAGCAUGCAAAACGACAAAGCUACCAUUAGUAGAGCACUUUCACAAAAUAAGGAACUUAAAUAUCAACUAGCUGAAUUACAAAAUGGAUUUGUUAAACUGAGUAAUGAUAAUAUGGACAUGACAAAUAAGUUCGAUUCUGAGCAACAUGUCACUAAAGAAUUAGCAACUAGACUUAGUCAACAAGAAGAUGAACUAAACGAUGUCAGAGAUGAGUUACGUUCAAAUGAGAAAUUAUUGGAGGAAACUAGAGCGCAAAACUUUGAACUCAACAAACAGCUUGCACAACAGUCACAGCUAACAGACCACAUGCGGCAUUACGAAGCACAAGGUCAACUCACUGAGACUCUGCAAAGGGAGCUAGCUUCUGCUCAGGACACCAUAAAUAUCUUAUCAUCACAGAACAGUGAGUUAAGAGUACAAUUAGCAGCAUUAGAAAAUCAAUUAACCAGACAAGCUUCGAAUCAGGACGCUGCUGGUGAUGCUGGAGUUAACAACAAAGAUAUGGUUGACAUGUUAUCAUCUUCAAUAAGACAGUUAGAAAUGGAAAGAGAACAGCAGGCCAAAGAGAUUGCUGAACAACAUGAGCAGUAUCAGUCGUUAUUAGAACAAAUGGAAGUCAUUAAAAAAGAACAAGCUUCAGCACCAGCUAUAACACCUGAGGGAAACUUUAUUACCAAAGAAGCAUAUGAGACCUUACAGGUAGCUAUGGAGAAACUAGAAGACAAAUUUACGAAAGUAAUGAGGGAUAAGGCUGAGUUGAGUGAUAAGAGUCAAGAAUUGGAACAUGUAUGCAUGCAGCUAGAAGGGGAGACGGAUACAAUUGGUAUGUUAUAUACCAUAGUUUAUCUCUCGGUGGUUAUGAUGAUAUCAGACUUGACAAGCCAGAUUUCAGUGUGGGCUGUUUUCCAAUAG